AUGAGAAACUUGAGGGGGUGUAAACUGGGGGCAAUAGACCCACCGCUUGCCUCAGGCUUGGCAAACACAGGGCUACCAACCUCAAACGCCAAGCCAUUGACGUUCGAUGAGGUGUACAACCAGUCGAGCCCGACGAACUGCACAGUCUAUUGCGGAGGGCUCACGAACGGAUUGACGGAGGAACUCAUGCAGAAGACCUUCGCUCCUUAUGGAACUAUUCAAGAAAUUAGAGUCUUCAAGGACAAAGGAUACGCUUUUAUAAGCGGGUGUAAACUAAAAUUUCUCGAACAUCCUCCAGCCUACUCAAAUUUUAAACUUUCACCUGAACAGUUGAGAAUUAGUUCGAAGAAUUCCGACCACACGAGGGUCCAACUUUUUCUUGGUUGUUUCUUUGGUCGCUGCUCCCACUGGGUUCCCCACCGCCCCCUUUAUCCUUAA